AUGGGCUACGCGUGGUUUCUGCUUGCCCUGGGAGGCACCGCGUACUACAACAUCCUCAUCUGUUGGACCCUCUACUACCUCUACUCAUCCUUCAGCGCCGUCCUGCCCUGGACCACCUGCUCCAACUCCUGGAAUACACCUUCCUGUGUAGCCAGGACACUUGGCAGAAACACCACAUCCACGGGUAACGGGUCACUACCCAGUAACCCACUUAGUAACAUGUCAACGAAUAUCAGUGUAGUGAACAUCAGUUCGAGUUGGGUCACAAUGAACGAGUCGUCAUCAUUGGUGAAGACUAACACAGCUACUGAAGAAUUCUGGUCGUACCACGUGCUGAAUAUCAGUGACGGGAUUGAACAUCCGGGUGAUAUACAAUUACAUCUUCUCGUGUCACAGAUUGUAGCCUGGUUCAUCGUGUUCCUGUGUCUCGUCAAAGGAAUCCGGUCUGUAGGAAAAGUUGUCUACGUCAGCGCUACUGUCCCUUACGUACUGCUGUUGGCGCUGCUCAUAAGAGGGUUGAUGCUGCCGGGAGCCGUGGAGGGAAUUAAGGCGUUCAUCAUUCCUCGCUGGGAGAAACUUCUUACUUUACAGGCAGGGGCAGAGUCACCGUGUUCUUUGGGCCCGAGUAUUCUGACCGUUAGCCCGAGUAUUCUGACCGUUAGCCCGAGUAUUCUGACCGUUAGUGCGAGUAUUCUGACCGUUAGCCCGAGUAUUCUGUACGUUAGUCCGAGUAUUCUUACCGUUAGUCUGAUUAUUCUGACCGUCAGCCCGAGUAUUCUGACAGUUUGGAUUGACAGCGCUACCCAGGUGAUGUGGUCAUGCGGCACUGGAUCCGCCAACAUUAUCACACUAUCUAGAUACAACCGUUUCCAUAACAACUGCUAUAGAGACGCCAUCUUGGUGACCGCUCUCGACUGUGUUUCACCAGCGUGUUUGCCGGUUUGUCGUGUUCGCGGUCAUGCAAAAGUAGGCUAUAUGGCGGACUAUCUGGGAAAGACACCAGGGGUUGUCCUUUUCAGGGACUGUGACUACCAGCUCUCAACCAAGACUGCAUGCUUUAAGAAUGAAGCUUGUUCCGGCCCGCAAAAUCGCACCGUAGGGCCGGGCAUCGCUUUCAUCGUGUACCCGGAAGCACUCAGCACAAUGGCGUUUGGACAGAUCUGGGCAGCCGUCUUCUUCAUCAUGCUCUUCCUGGCGGGCCUCGACAGCCAGUUUGUGAUGGUGGAGGUAGUUAUUGACUUUCUGUGCGACACGCUACCUAAGACCAUCAGCAAGAGAAGAGUGGUAGUGACAGCAUGCUCGUGUUUAUUUCUCUGUGUGCUCGGUCUGCCGUUCAUAACACAGGGCGGAGCGUACGUGUUGACCUUGGUAGACUGGUAUUUUGCGGCCUAUACGCUUCCAGCCAUCGCCUUUAUGGAGGUUGCCAUCAUCAGUUGGAUUUAUGGUGCCGAUCGUUUGAUGUCUGAUAUCCGCAUGAUGCUGGGAUAUACUCCAUCGAUCGUCAUCAAAAUAUCGUGGAAAUUUAUCGCCCCGACGAUUAUAUUGUCACUGUGGCUUUUAAGCUACAUCAAGUAUGAGCCUAUCCGGUAUGCAGGACAGUACUAUCCAGCCUGGGCUGAAUCCAUCGGCUGGUUGCUCAUGGUGAUCGUGCUGAUUCCUAUCCCAGGUGGCGCUGUCAUAAAGCUGUUAUCUCAGACAGGAAGUGUGGCUAAGAGAUACCGUGCCGCCAUCACCCCGAGUUCUCUGUGGGUUCCUGCUAUUUACAAAGAAGACGCAGAAGAGAGGCAGGCUUUACGGGAACGGGUGUGCGAGGACAUAUUACGGUUAAAUCAUGAACGGAUAUCUUUGGCGGAUCACCAAAAUGACCCCAGAUACCUGUCCAGUACGACCUUCAGACCUCACGAUGAUGUUGUCGUUAAUCAGCGACCACCUGUCAUAACUGGACAACUGGAAACCAGAUGCACCUCUGCCACAAGCAGACGUGAACUACCCGUCUUGGCGCACGCGCUGGCGGAAGAGGACACCGUGACCGCACGUGCCUCCCUGACCACCGUCUUGCAUUUCAACAUCCAAAGGAACCGUCACAGAUGA